CUUUUAUACGUGACUGAUGAAUGUUUAGCUCAAAUAGCGUAGAUACACGCCAGAAAAGGAAAAAAAAAUGAUGCUUGCACGCUAACACCAAUAAAUUUGUUUCUCUGUCUACGCCAAUAAAUCAAUAACCAUGAUAGAUUAAACAAAAUAUAUUUGAGUACAAAUCUACAAACGUUCAAGGAGUUAUAAAAAUGACGUUUACAAUGAGUUUCAUAUUUGACGUUUGACUAAAAUUUUCAAUACAAAUGUCUGAAAAUACUAUAAUAUAUUUUCAUUUACUGUUUACAAACAUGAAAUAAAAUAUAUAUUUGGAAAUUAGAUAUAAUUAAUUCCACGUAUUUAUUAGAAAAUUUACAAAAAUGUCAAUAGUAAAAACUUGUCCGGGCUUGUAUUGUGGUCGAACAGAACUAGAGGAUGGCUCAUGGAGCGAUUGUGGUGCCUGCCCCAGAGGCUUCCGUACUAACGCCACCAGCUACUGUGUAGAAUGUUCUGAUGAACCUACACUUUACGAUUGGCAGUACCUUGGUUUUAUGGUUCUUCUACCUUUGGUUUUACACUGGUUUUUUAUUGAUAUGGUUGCUGCUGGAAAUCGUAAAUCUGCAAUAGUCGCACAACAUGUUUGUGCUUUCAUUGAAGUAGCAUCAGGGACACUAGCGGCAUUGUUAGCCUUGCCACCGACCGGCUCCAUAGAUUUACAUGUCUGCACACCUAAAGCCCUUUCUGAUUGGUACACAUUACUUCAUAACCCGCAACCCGACUACAAGGAAACUCUGCACUGUACACAGGAGGCCGUGUACCCAUUAUAUACAAUAAUAUUACUGAUAUAUGCAUUUAGUCUUUUAAUGACAGUUACACUGCGACCGUUUCUGCUAGUAUGGCAUAAAGCAAUACCAGGAAAGAAGGCUAUAUAUUGUGCCCUGUAUUUUUACCCCAUACUUGUUUUGACACACACUGUUGCUGCAGGACUAAUAUAUUGUGCUUUUCCGUACAUAAUAAUCAUUAUAUCUAUGAUGACGUCAGCAUCACAUUUCUCAAUCAAAAUAGAUCAGUCUGCACCAGAAUUGUUAAUGUCUUCAGUCACAAAUGGCAGGAAUUUAAUCAUACUUCUAGGACAUUGGCUCGUUCAUGCAUAUGGUAUUAUAUCUCUCACUGGUUUUAAGGAAUUAUGGUACUUGACCCUCGUACCGGCUCCUGCGCUUUUUUAUAUUCUAACUGCACAAUUUACUGAUCCAAUGAAGAUUCACAACGAUUGACUAGCUAGUAGAGUCUCCCGGGAGAAGUUGGUUUUGAUAUGACAUAAUGAAGAUGCAAGACGGGAUUUGGACGAUAUUGCUUUUGAAAAUUUAGAGAAGUAUAUGAAUGGAUACUAAACUCUAGGAUUCAGAAGAUUACCCGUUUUGCAACAGACUAUUAAUUAUGCUGUGAAGUGAUUGUAAAAAGAAGCAGAGUUUUUUUUUUAAAUUGCCACACACUAAUGAACUAAAGAAAUAAUGACUUUAAAUUUCACAUAUAAUGUUGUGUGGCAAAAAGAACCAGCUCAGUACAGCUGAGCUCUGUAUAAACAAUACAGAUAACUGCAUAAUUAUAAAUUAAUUAAAAAUAAAUAAAAUGAAUAUUAAAGUUAAAGUAAAGUGAAGUAACAACUUGUUAAUGUUUCAAUGCUGGGCUUAUCGUUUUGAGGAAAAGGUUUAAAGUUUAUUUCAUCACUGAGCAUGAGAUGAAACCAUUGAGCCAUUUUGGUUUCCAUUGUAAAUAGUUAUUGACAAUUGCAAUACUUAUGACAUAAUCGAAAUAUGUAUGUAAAUAGUAUCCAUUUAAAGUUAACUUACUUUAAAGCAAGUAAUAUUUGAUAAAGAUUGUUUAUGUAAAUAAGUCAAGAUUACAGUUGUAACGUGUUUUUUUUAAUCCUGAUGUCCAAAAGAAAGAGCAAAGAUUAGUUAAUGCACCUAUGUAUAUAGUUCAUAUAACCAUUGGCAUUUAAAUAUAUGAUAAAAUAUAUAGCAGUAAUUAGUGUAAGUUUAGUCCCUGUACAUGUAUGACUAUUCAAUGUUAUAAAACCUUCAUGCAUGAAUACAUAUAUGACCGGUAA